AUGGCGUUGAAUGACCUUCGUAAAGACGACACUCUUGGCCUUCAUGUGGAAACGCUCGAUCACCCACUGAAAUCAGACAUAUCUCAGGAUGUACCCAUCGAGAGCAGGGCCUUGAAAGAGCGACAAGUACAUGUGCUUAAUUACUUGGACCGCAACAAUAUCGCGACGGCCCGUCUAGGAAACUUUGAAAAGGACAUCGGUCUGGUUGGAACCCAGUACAAUACCAUUAUCAGUGUCUUUUUCGUUGGAUACAUCCUCAUACAGGUUCCCACAAACAUGAUUCUCAACAAGAUGAGACCCAGCAUCUUUCUUCCAGUCGUCAUGUGCUGUUGGGCUGUGGUCAGUGCCUCCACCGGGGCUGUUCAGAACUACAAGGGAGCUGUAGUUCUCCGAUUUCUCCUGGGCUUUGUUGAGGCACCCUUCUUCCCUGGCGCCUUGUACCUCUUCAGCUCAUGGUAUACGAAGAAGGAGCUGGCUGUUCGUAUCUCGGUACUAUAUGCUGCAGGGCAGAUGGCAGGUGCUUUCGGUGGCCUUCUGGGCAGCGCCAUCAUGGGCGGCAUGGAUGGAAAGCUGGGCCUCGCAGAUUGGAGAUGGCUUUUCAUCAUUGAGGGAACAAUCCCAAUUCCGGUCGCCAUCGUGACGUAUCUCACACUUCCAGACUAUCCAGCAACUACCAAAUGGCUCACCGAUGAGGAGAGGAAGCUCGCUAUCCUUCGAAUCACGGAAGAAGCAGUUGAAGAAGAUAAUCGAGAAGAAGCAUCAGCGUUGCAAGGUCUGAAGAUGACGUUUACGGAUCCAGCACUCUACAUGAUCUGGCUCAUGCAACUUGGACUCAACACUGCUGCCGCUUUUACCAACUUCUUCCCCACUAUUGUAGCGACACUCGGGUACAACCAAAGAAACACAUUGCUUCUCUCUGCUCCUCCAUACGUGUUCGCAGCGAUGUUGGGCAUCACCAACUCUUGGCACAGCGAUAAGCAUCGUGAGAGAUGGCUGCACAUCGUGUGGCCGCAGGUCUUUUGCAGUGUCGGCUUCAUCAUCUCGGCAACUACUCUCAACGUUGCGGCUCGAUACACGGCGACAUUCAUGAUGAUGAGUGUAUAUGGCUCAUUUGGAUGUAUCUUGUCAUGGGUCUCGACGACGCUUCCUCGGCCGGCGACUAAACGGGCUGUAUCAUACGCUGUCGUGAACGCCGGAUCUAACCUGGCUUCCAUCUAUGCAAGCUACUUCUAUCCAAAGUCCCAUGGCCCGCAAUACUGGCAGGCGAACAUCAUCAAUGUGGCCUUCUCCGGAAUGUGCAUUUUUCUGGCCACUUCACUGCACUUCUACCUUCGUUGGCGCAACCGUAAGCUCCGUAUUGCCGGAGACGAGGAUCUUCAGAACGAAGGCACACGCUUGGGAUCACGGUCGACGAAGUUGGGUGAAAAAUGGCAGUGCCACCCCGCCUAUCAGUAUACCUUGUAG